AUGAAUUUCCUUACGAAGACUUUGGGGUCCUUCACUUCGGGUUACAAUUUACCCUUCACAAUAGGUGAACCGAUUGAAUCACCAAAUUCAAUUUGGUCUUUAUACCAAGGUACCUCAAAAAGCGAUCUGACCAAUACCUGUACGGUUUUUGAAUUUGAUCUUCGUGACCCUUCCAAGAAGUACUAUGUGGCGCUUGCCAGAAAUGCUAUCAAGAAACUAAAAGGAACAAGAAUACCAGGAGUGUUAAAGGUCUACGAUACUCUGGAAACUGAUUCCAUGCUUCAUAUUUUUUGUGAACCGGUGGUACCAUUACCAGUAUACUUAGACCAAAACGACCAACUCAGUGACGAUGCGGUGAUGUUGGGGGUGUAUGUGAUUGCCCAAACUUUGAAAUAUUUGAACGUUGAAGGAAGCGCCAUCCACGGAGGAUUGGACAUAUCAAAUGUUUACGUGACCGAGUCAGGAGAAUGGAGACUUGGAGGAUUUGAAUUGAUGACCAGUACAAAAUCUGAUCCUGAUCAACCUUUAUACCGACUUAGUGCUGCGUCGCCAAUUUUCCAAAACAUUGUGCCCCCAGAAGUUUCCACGAAAGGAGUGGAUAGCGUUAAGAGCCAUCCUUACAAACUUGACUCAUAUAAACUUGGUGGAUUGAUAUGGUGUUUGUUCAAUAAGGUAUCGGAUACUAGGUCGAUUAAUUCAAGCAGCGAUUUUUUGAAAGUCAGCAAGCUUCCGAAAUUUUUACAACCAGCAUACAAGAAAUUGAUGCAGAAUUCCCCAACUGCGAGAAUUUCCACGGAACAGUUUUUAGUCCAAGGUGAAAAAUCGCAAAUUUUUAAUUCCGGUUUGAUUAGAUGUUAUAGAGAUUUGGCAGAGUUGAGUUUGAAGCUGAACUAUGAAAAGCUUGAAUUUAUGAAAUCUUUGGAACAGUUGAAACCUGUUGCCCCACCAGGGUUCUUGGAAUACAAAAUCAUUCCAGAAUUAGCUAACUUAUUUUCGAUAUCUUUGUCUAACCAACAACCACAAGAUAUGAAUCAUUCUGCCACUUGUCUUUAUUACAUUCUUUCAUUUAGUGAGAAACUUAAAGACACAGUUUUCUCGAAAAUCGUGGCUCCAAUAAUUAUCCAAGCAUUUAGCCUACCUGAUAGAACUAUCCGUGUUACGCUUCUUACAUCUCUUCCACAAUUUGCCCCUCGACUCUCAAAAUCAGAAAUUAGUGAUAAGAUCUUUGGACCUUUACUCACCGGAUUUUCAGAUACCAAUAUUACCAUUCGUGAGGAAACUCUUAAAGCAGUGCUACCGAUUGCUUCAAAACUUACUGAUCGUCAAUUGAGUAAUGAGUUGUUGAGAUAUUUGGCGAAAUUGCAAAAUGAUGAAUCUGAGAUCAUUAGAACCAAUGUGGUGGUGUGUCUAUGUAAAUUGGCCCAGCAUUUGAAUUCUCUGGCGCGUGCUGGGGUAUUAAUAACUGCUUACAACAAGGCAAUAAAGGAUAAAUUUCCACCGGCAAGAAAAGCAGCGAUUAUGUCGUUUGGGCAAAACAUUGAAAUUUUCACUCCGGAAAUCUGUUGUUCUAGAGUAUUGUCGUCGAUUGCUCCAUGUCUAUUGGAUAGUAGUGGAACGGUUCGAAAAUUGGCAAGAGAAGUGUUUGAAAAUUAUAUGGAGAAAAUCAAUGAAGAAGCUGAUAGAUUACCAAGUAAAGAUGAUGUGGAUGAGUUUGGCCACCCGAUGAAUGAAGAAGGGUUCAUGAUAUCUUCCAGUGGCUCAUCAAGGCCAAAUGGCGGAAGUUCUAACUUUGGUUCUAGCUCUACCGAUUCUUUUGGCACGGAAACAGCUGCUGCUGCUGCUGCUGAAGCUGCUGGCCCGGGAAUUACUGGUAGUUUGUCAGGUUUCGGAUAUAAUUUAGCGAUGGGAGCGAUUUCCAAAAUGAGUGGUGUCGGAGGGCAAUUGGAAACUGACAUGACUUUGACACCAACUGAUUCAAGGGCAUCAACUCCACAACCAACCAAUAAUUUCGGGAUGAGCAAUGAAAAUAACUCUAGUUCAUCAUUUGUUAAUAGCUAUUCAUCGAAACCUGCUACAAGAAAGUUGUCAACUGUUGCUAAAACAUCGAGUGGAUGGGGUACUCAUGAAGAUUUUGACUUGGAUGAAGAAAAUGGCGAUGGAGCAGAUGAUGGAUGGGGAUUUGGAAUGGAGAAUGAUUCUAAUGAGGUUGAAGUGGCGAAUGAUAGGUUGGCGAAUCUUAGUAUGAAGAAACUGACUAGUUCCAAUUCAAAAGCAUCCAGUAUUGGGACAAAAACUACUACCUCAUCAAGAAAAAUUUCCAGCAACUCUAUUCAAAGGAAACCUACUACUGGUGCGAAAAAGAGUGGUUUAAAGUUAGGUAAUGGUGUUGGUGGGGGUAAUAAAUUGAACUUGAGGGUUGAUAUGGAUGAAGAUGAUGGAUGGGGUAAUGGUUGGUGA